AUUAAGAAAUAACAGUCCACUUAUCUAAGUUGAUCGCAGACGUGAACACGAUGCUACGACUUGUUUGUAUUUUCAUAGUAUUAGUGACAUGGUGCACCACCUUAAAACUGCCUUCCUCAUUCAAAAAAUGCAACCUACGAAGCAGCGAUUCCGACGAGUGUUUGUCUAAUGCCAUUCAAGACGCAAUUCAGCAACUGAAAGAGCCACUGCCUGAGUACGGUUUACCAAAAUUAGAACCUUAUGAGGCACCGAAAGAGGUGAUUGUCGAAUUCGGAAACGAAACUAUCGGCAUUCGACAAAAAUACUUCAAUAUAAAAAUUAAGGGCUACACGAAAAUCGAAAAAACGAGCGCCAGCUUUAGCUUGGAACAUAAGCGUUUGAACCUUAAUAUUACUUUCGCAAAUGUUCGAUACGAAUCCGACUUUGAAGCUCGUGGCCGAUUGAUUUUUUUGCCGAUUGAUGCAUCGACGACAGUUGCGAUCAAUCUUAAGAGACCCACAUUCCAAAUUGUGUUUAAUUUGGAGGAAUAUGAGAAAGGGAAUUUGAAGUAUUUUAGAGCGAGAGAUGGGAGUUCUCGUAUGGAAAUGGAAAAAGCUACGUUCGAUUUUAAAAAUAUUUUUAAAAAGGGGUGUUUGGAUGGAGAACUUAGUGAGAUGAUGAAUGAAAACUGGGAGAACAUCGCGGCUUAUUUUCAGAAAACGUUUCCAAAAUUCUGGAUUUCGGUGUACGAGCGGAAGUUUAACAAGUUUUUGGAAAAUGUCCCUGUUUCUGAGUUAUUCGACGGAUUGUGAAGAUCCAAAAUUCACUUUGUACUUAUAAGUUUGUUCUUCCUAGCUCACUGCUUGUAAACUUAGGUUUGUAUCACGCUUUAGGUAAUAAAAAUGUUGCAGGGGUUAAA